GACUGGCUCUAGUCCUGAGCCUCAGAGCAAACAGCCAGAGCUGCAGUUACGCACUGUCCCACUCCAGGCGCGUCUCCCCGGGCCUGUGCACUUCCGUGUCCCCGCUACGAGCAGCUCUCAGAGCAUACUGCACCAGGAUGGCACGGACUGAAGGGCUUUUAUUCAGACAGUUGUUUGACAGAGACAGCUGCACGUACACAUACCUGUUGGCAGAUACUGACACCAAGGAGGCUGUCCUCAUAGACCCUGUGCUGGAGACCCUCAGCAGAGACGUGAAGCUCAUCGAGGAGCUGGGACUCAACCUGAAAGUGGCAGUAAACACUCAUUGCCACGCUGACCACAUCACAAGCACAGGGCUCAUGAAGAAGCAACUGGUGGGGCUGAAAAGUGCAAUCAGCAAACACAGUGGUGCCCAGGCUGACUUACUAGUCACAGAAGGAGACAAGAUCCCCUUUGGAAGACAUUGUCUAGUGGUGAGGGAGACGCCGGGUCACACAGAUGGCUGCAUGACUCUGGUGAUGGGGGAUGAGAGCAUGGCUUUCACUGGAGACACCCUUCUCAUCAGGGGGUGUGGCAGAACAGACUUCCAGCAAGGUUGUUCCAAGAGGCUCUACAAUUCCGUUCACAGCAAGAUCUUCACCCUUCCUGAUGGCUGCCUAGUCUACCCUGCGCACGACUACCGAGGCCAGACAGUAUCUACAGUUGGCGAGGAGCGCAAAUACAAUCCCCGUCUAACAAAAACCUUAGAAGAGUUUGUGGACAUCAUGAACAACCUCAACCUGUCCAUGCCUGGGAAAAUUGAUAUUGCGGUUCCUGCCAAUUUGGUUUGUGGAUUGCACCAAAUUUAGCCAACACAAAAGGAAAUUUUAAAAAACUUGAAUCAAUACUGAACUCAUAAUAUUCAACCUACUCUAAAUGAGUCUAAAGUGCUUUACUUUGUAUGAUAUGAAUGAAGAAUAUAAUUUCAUAAAAUGUUUGAAAUUAACAGUUUAUAUUAAUAUUAAUAUUUGAUUUGUGUCAGGUUGUUUUUGGUGCUGGUAUGAAUAAAUGAACAUGAAAUCUCUAAUCUGUAAAGUAUGUGUAAUAUUUGAUAAAGUUUUAUUGUUGACCUUU